CGUCGUUCUGUUUGACAUCUUGCUAUACAAUCAUUAUGGAUCCACUGGAAGAGUCUUCCGCAUGCGCCGAUGUGUUUGAGAACUUUCCCGCAGCACUAGAGAGUCGAGACAAGGUUAUUUCCAGGUAUUUACUCUAUGCCGCCAUUGCUGAUGAGAUACCCACUAAGGCCGAGACUUUAAGCAAUCGCCUUCACCACGAACCUCACAAGACGCAAGUCAAUCUACAAAAUGCCACACGAGACAAUGACCAAAAUCCAGGAAGGCACGCAGGUACAUCGCCUGGGAGGGUUUCACCCGGUGUACUUCGGUGAUGUGUUCAAAGACCGGUAUAAAGUACUCAUCAAGAUCGGAUACGGCGUCUAUUCAGCAGUCUGGCUGGUUAGAGACCUAGAACCGGCACGGUCUGGCCUUGAAAAUCAGUUCCGAGCUCUCAAACUAGGGUACGACUACGUCUGCUAUCUGCUCGAUGGCUUUGAGCAUCGAGGACCUAAUGGAACACACGUCUCCCUUGUCUAUGAACUAAUGGGCGAGACGUUGCGGAGCUUCGUUGGCGCCUGGUUCGCCGAGAGUAGGCUUGCGACCUCAGUGAUGCGGAGGUUCACCAUCCAACUCUUGCUGGUCAUCGAUCUUGCCCACGAACAUGAUGUCAUUCAUACUAAGACCAAACCAGACAAUAUUUUCGUCAAGUUCAGGGACCAUUCCUUGAUAAAACCCGGGUACCUCGCCGAUGUUGCGAUUCCUCAACAGGAUCAGUCCGAGGGACAAUACUCCGUCGUGCCGUCGACGCCCUUGCGCCGCUACUUCUUCAAUGAAGCUGAUAGUAGGUGUGUUGACGAGUUCGAUAUUGCCCUGGGAGACUGGGGCCCCGCGCCGUGGGACGCGAGCACCGACUUCUGGAACCUGGGGGCCGUCGUGCUCGAAGUCAUGUUUAGUGGACUAAUCCCGCCAGACGGUCAUUAUGAGCUCAAGGAGCACCUGGCGGAGAAUGUGAAAUUGCUUGAGCCAUUUCCUAAUCAGACUUUGGCGCGAGAUGCGCCGCCAAUAAAUCGGCCGGGUCUGGCGUCAGACGCCUUCAUGCCAGGCCUCGACCAAGAGGCCAGAGAUACGUUUGCCUCCUUCCUGCACGCGAUGAUGAAGACAAAUCCCGCUGAGCGGGUUUCGGCAGAGGACCUCUUACGACACCCCUGGUUAGAUGCACUUUAG